AUGUUUUUAUUGACGAUACCUCUCAACCAACCAUCAGCAUCAAACCAGUACAGAAAACUAAAUCCGGACGGCCUACUCCACCCGACACAACACCACCGUCAGUCUAUCCCCGCUUUUCUUCCUUCGCUUGACCUCUACACUUACAACUGCACUGCCAUCUUCCGUCGCUUUUUCCCCCUCUUCUAUUUGUUUGAAUUUUACUUUUUUCUUUUUCUUUGUCGUUUUCUUUCUUUUUCUCAUUUUCUUUCUUUUUCUUUGUCGUUUUCUUUCUUUUUCUUUCUUUUUCUCUUUUUCUUUCUUUUUCUUUGUCGUUUUCUUUCUUUUUCUCUUUUUCUUUCUUUUUCUUUGUCGUUUUCUUUCUUUUUCUUUUUCUCUUUUUCUUUCUUUUUCUUUUUUUCUUUCUUUUUCUUUGUCGUUUUCUUUCUUUUUCUCUUUUUCUUUCUUUUUCUUUGUCGUUUUCUUUCUUUUUCUUUUUCUCGUUUUCUUUCUUUUUCAUUUUUUCUUUCUUUUUCUUUGUCGUUUUCUUUCUUUUUCUUUCUUUUUCUCUUUUUCUUUCUUUUUCUUUGUCGUUUUCUUUCUUUUUCUUUGUCGUUUUCUUUCUUUUUUUUUCUUUUUCUUUCUUUUUCUUUGUCGUUUUCUUUCUUUUUCUUUUUCUCUUUUUCUUUUUCUCUUUUUCUUUCUUUUUCUUUGUCGUUUUCUUUCUUUUUCUUUGUCGUUUUCUUUCUUUUUCUUUUUCUCUUUUUCUUUCUUUUUCUUUGUCUUUUUCGUUUCUCCUUUUCACUUCUUUCUACUUCGUUUUUCGUCUUCCUCCAGUCCGUUUUUCUUUUAGCCUAA